CUGAACAAAUAUAGACUGUUGUAAUUUUUUUUUAAUUAAUAUGAUUGUAGUGGGUCAAGGUGAGAGAGGGAAAAGUUUCCUUGAAAGCUUUGGGUGUUUAAUUAGACUUUAAUUGAAAAGAUUAUGCUUAGAACAGAGAAUUCUGUAUAUAAAAGAAAGCCUUGGAAUGAUGACUAGCAUAAGAGUACAGAGCAUGUGGAACAAACUAUACCAACUUACGGGCAUUUUUGGGGUUUGUGUCACCAAUUUCACAGCUAGAAUGAAGCACAUCAACUUGUCGUUUGCAGCGUGUGGGUUUCUUGGCAUUUACCACUUGGGGGCAGCAUCCGCACUUUGCAAACACGGCAAAAAUCUCCUGAAGAAUGUCAAGGCCUUUGCCGGGGCUUCUGCAGGAUCCUUGGUUGCUUCUGUCCUGCUAACAGCGCCACAAAAAAUAGAGGAAUGUAACGAGUUUACCUACAGUUUUGCCGAAGAAAUCCGAAGGCAGACUUUCGGGGCAGUGACACCGGGCUAUGAUUUCAUGGCCCGACUGAGGAGCGGAGUGGAGGCGAUUCUCCCUCCCAACGCGCACGAGCUGGCUCACGACCGCCUGCACGUCUCCAUCACCAACACCGAGACCAGAGAAAACUACUUAGUCUCCAGUUUUCCCUCCCGGGAGGACCUCAUUAAGGUCCUGUUAGCCAGCAGCUUCGUGCCCGUUUACGCAGGACUAAAGCCCGUGGAAUACAAAGGGCAGAAGUGGGUAGACGGAGGCUUUACCAACAGCCUGCCCCUCCUGCCCGUAGGCCGGACAGUGACCAUCUCACCGUUUAGCGGGCGAAUGGACAUCUCCCCGCGGGGCAAAGGGCAGCUGGAUUUCUAUGUGACCAUCACCAAGCAGGACAUACUGGAUUGCUUCACACCUCUCCAGCGACACUGGAGUUUCUGAGGUCACCAGUGACCUCCGUGCUGCUGUAGGCAAUGCCAAACUCAGUCCUCCGUGGAAUGGACCCACCAGCAUCAUUUGAUACAAGCAUCACUUUCCCUACCUUGGAAAGCUUUCCUCAAGUGCAUAUCUUGGCCACUUGCUCUCUGCUCUUUUCCUCCCUCCCUCACUGGGUGUUUCUCCCCAGGCUUCUUCGUCUCUUUUCCUUACCUUCACAACCUUGAAACGUUGCGGUGGUCCAGUCUUAGUCUAUGAAUAUUUAUUCUUUCCUAUCUACAUGUACUCCCUCCGGGAUCUCAGCUAGCCUGAUGGCUUGAAACCUUACCUGUCUGCCAAUAAUACUUCUAUCUUCAGGUUGUUUCUCUCCCCUGAAUGCUAGAUUCAUGCAUUCAACUCUCUAUUAGUAGUUUCACAUGGAUGCCUAAUACUCAUCUCCAUCUUUUUUUCCAGCUUUAUCGAGACAUAAUUGCCGUAUAACAUACUGUAAGUUUAAGCUGUACAGGCUGAUGAUUGGAUACACAUACAUAUAGCGAAAUGAUGACCACAGUAGGGUUAGUUAAUACCUCCAUCACCUCACAUAAUUACCAUUCCCUUUUUAUGGUGAGAACAUUUAAGAUGUGCCCUCUUCACAGCUUCCAAGUACAUAAUACAGAAUUGGUAACGACGGUCACCAUACUGUACGUUAGACCUCAGAACUUCUACUCAUCUUUGUAACUAGGACGUUUGUACCCUUUGACCGUCAUGUCUCCAUUUCUCCAAUGCCCCAAAGCCCUAGCAACCACCAUUCUAUUCUCUGUUUCUGUGAGUUCUGCCUUUUAAGAUUCCACAUAACAGCAUUUCUUUCUCUGUCUGACUUCCU